AUGCCCAGCCCAUCUCAGGAAGAGGCUUGGAAGAAGCUUGCAGACGUGUGCGUUCGUGCAGCGCUGUACGACUCUUCAGACAGACAGCCAUUUUCUCAAUGUCUCCCAGGCACGCGCACGAGUCUUCUCGAAACUCUGCGCGAGUCAGUUCAGCGGGAGCAAUCCAAUCUGAUUUUUCUCACUGGAGAGUCAGGAUCGGGGAAGUCCGCAGUUGCGCAUACCUUUGCACAAGAGCACAGAGAAAACGAACUUGCGGCUACUUUUUUCUUCUCCAGACAGCAUCCUGGGCGGAGAAACACGGAUCACUUCCUACCCACUAUCUCGUAUCAGCUUGGUCUUUUACAUCACCUCGCCCAAGAAACCAUCACAAGAGCGAUUACACGUGACCCGAGCUUACUG